GGUUUUUUUUUAAAAGAUUGAUUUAAUUGUUGAAAAUAAUUUUGUGACUUUAUAAUUGAUUAUGUUGCAAAAAUAAAUUAAUUAAUAAAUUUUAAAAAAAUUAGUUUGGGUCAAAACUAAAAUUAAUUUGGGUUAAAAAAAUCACGUUGGUACCCCUGCAGUUAAAAACGUCGUUUACACCGAAACGUCAACUGUCAUGUCUUAAAGUUAACUUUUAUCGAUAAAAAAACCUCGAAAGUCGCCGAAUAAGUAAUAAUUCUUGAAUGAAUCGUUUAAGGUAACCUCAAACUAUCUUUAUAGUCCCGAGAAAUGGCCAGGGACUACGACCAUCUCUUCAAAUUACUCAUAAUCGGCGAUAGUGGCGUCGGGAAAAGUUCGUUGUUAUUAAGAUUCGCCGAUAAUACAUUCUCGGGGAGUUACAUAACGACUAUUGGGGUCGAUUUUAAAAUAAGAACUGUUAAUAUCGAUGGACAGAGGAUUAAAUUGCAAAUUUGGGACACCGCGGGUCAGGAGCGAUUUAGAACAAUAACGAGCACAUAUUAUCGAGGUACACAUGGUGUUAUUGUAGUUUAUGAUGUUACGAAUGGGGAAUCUUUUGCUAAUGUAAAAAGGUGGUUGUUAGAAAUCGAACAAAAUUGCGAUGUCGUUAAUAAAGUACUAGUUGGUAAUAAAAAUGAUUGUCCUGAUAGAAAAGUGGUUUUAACAGAAGAUGCGCAAAGAUUUGCAAGCACUAUGGGUAUCCAACUGUUUGAAACAUCAGCCAAAGAUAACAUAAAUGUUGAAGAGAUGUUCAUUAGUGUUACAAAGUUGGUGUUGGCGUCAAAAAGGGAGAAAAUCGAGCGACAAAAUGUAACAGAUAAUGAUACUGUUAAUUUAAGGAGGAGCACUAAUAAGGGUAAAAAGAAGUGCUGUUAGCCCUCUGUUUAAAACAAAGUAAUUAGUUAAAAUGAAAUAAAAUUUAAAAAAAAUGUAAAGAAGGGUUUUAAGAACAUUGAGGUUACUUUAUGUUGAUCUUGCCAGUUAAAAUUUGUUUAGCUUUAAAUUUAAACUGCUCAAAAACAUAAAAAAACGAUUUUUUGGAACUACAUAACCUCAAUUCCUUUAAUUUUGUAUGUACAUAUUGUACAAAAAGCAUAAAAGAAAAGUAAUGUGAACCUAGACGAAAUAUAAAAAGAAAUGUAGCGUAUUGUAGUCGUUUGUACCAUGUAAUAAUUAUUAAUUAUAGUUUAUAAUUAAUAUUAUUUUUGUAAGCUUCAGUGUUCCAAGGAUCUACAUACACACAUACAAAAUAAUUAAAUAAAAUGUAUUGAUACAUGUAUAGAGUUAAAAUGAAUAUAUGUAUAGGGUGAAUAAUUAAUUUAAUAUCUUAUAAUUCAAUUUUGAAACAAUAAAGUGUAAUAAAAUCAAUUUAAUUUAAAUUAUAAAGAUAUUAAACGAGUGUAAAAUGUAUGUAAGAAAGUUUUGAUUGAAAUAAAUUGUAUAUUUGUUGUGAUAA